UUAGCCGAGAUACAGGGGCCCAAAGUUUUUGCUCUAACGGAGAAAUGCUUCACGGGUAGUUUACGUCAAAAACAAGUAUAACCAACAUCAUACCCAAUUAGCAAACUCUCAUACCCGCUCUAACGCGGGUAUAUAUUCUUUCUUUAGCUCUAACAAAGCUUUUCCGCUUCCACAUGCUAAUCAUGUCUUUUGUGGCCACUGUCAAACUCUUCGCACUUCUAGCGAUAGCUCAUCUUGGAGCACACAGUCGGGAGCUCUGCGACCGGUUUUCCUACCACCUAGACUAUGGCUAUGGCAUCAACAAUAAUGUCUGGGGAAGCGGUUCAGGUGAUCAAUGUACCUACAUUGACUCGAUUGCCUAUACAGGCAUUGCCUGGCACGUCGACUGGACAUGGCAGGGGGACCAAAACACUGUCAAGAGCUACCCUUAUUCCGGGCGGGACUUUGCAGAGAAGAUCUCUGUCUCUGCUAUCCGUAGAAUGCCUAUAUCUGUGGAUUGGGAUUAUCAUGGAAACGAUAUAAGGGCUAAUGUUGCGUUUGAUCUCUUCACGGCGUCUGAUGCAGAACACAGCCACACCGGCGGUCACUACGAGGUCAUGGUCUGGCUCGCUACUCUUGGGGACGUGGAACCUAUUGGUCAACUUGCCGGUGAUUUCACUGUCGGAGGGUUGGGCUGGCAGCUCUACGACGGCUUUAAUGGCGACAUGCAUGUGUACACAUUCGUUGCACCGCAGCCCAUUUAUACAUGGCAGGCAGACUUGAAGCUAUUCUUCGACCACCUCAGUCGUCACGGCUUCCCCUCUGCUACUCAAAGCCUUCUUACCUUGCAGGUUGGCACGGAACCUUUUAGCGGUGGCCCUGCUACCUUUAGUGUGAGGCAUUUCUGGAGCGAGAUUGAAUGAUCGGAGCUGCAUUGAUUCAACCCACUGGUGUCAUGGUAUAUUUAGGUUAGAGGAACUCACGGACGGGGAGUUCGUAGGUCGUCAAAGGUGGACCAUUAGAUAUGUUGAAUUUAUACGAGGCAGAUAAUGAGUUAAAAGAAUCAUUCAAG